AUGGAUAGCUCCUUGACUCGAUUUCUGACCUACGUUGAACCGUUUCGCCUCCGAAGAGUAUCCAUAUCAACUACUCCCCAUCAACACCCCGUCCGUGAAAAUGGAGGAUUCCCACAGGUUGAGAACAAGCUCACGUUGGAUCCUACUUCUGUACUACGAGUAGCGUCGUGGGUCACGUACUUCACAUCUUCAUUCACCUCCAAGCUCAACACAGGCAACCAGCUCGUCGACCCAAAGAAACAUAUUGUCUGGUUGUUCGACAACACCGCGUACCAGCCAGAUCAUGGCCCAGUAUACGGUCCUCCUGGAUGGAAGACUCAUGUGGUUGCAUGCGCGUUUGAGAAACACGGAAGACGGGAUAUCGGGAGGUGGGUGGCCAUCAUCGCUGAUUUGGUCGGCUUGGACGGCAACCCAGGGCUCGACGACAAAAAGGCUGUCCGUAACCGGAUAGCCAUGCGUAUCCAGCCGUUCCUGAACGCCGUUGUACCAAACCGAUUCAUCAACUUGGAGGUCCCCGUGUCAAAGGAUGAGGUGCAUGAAUUCAAGCUGAACAGCACCAAAAAGGAUGGUAUAGCCGAAGAUGAUAUUCUGAUAAUCCCGGCACUGGGCAUACAUGACGGGUCGGUGGUGGAAUCCCACGCGAAGAACUGGGGUCCAAAGCCCCCGACCAUGAAGACGGUCUUCGCAGAUCAAGAUGGCUGGGCCGUCAUCUCAGAUGUCGAUGACACGAUCAAGUACACCCAGACACCAGAUGCCAUCGGCAUCCUCAAAACUACCUUUGUUGAUGAUCCAAAGCCAAUCGAUGGCAUGCCAGAGACGUACAAGCGUAUCCAAGAACGCCUUAACCCAACCUGGUUCUAUCUCUCGGCUUCCCCAUACAACCUCUAUUCGUUCUUGCGUGGCUUUCUUGGCUCACUCUAUCCACAAGGCACCCUUCUUCUACGCGAAAACUCUUGGAUGGACCUGGCUGGUUUGCUCAGAUCCUUCACCCAAGGCACUCAGGAAUACAAGAUCAGCCAACUGGCUAAAGUGUUUGGAUGGUUCCCGAGACGCAAGAUCCUAUGCAUUGGGGAUUCGACUCAGAGUGAUCCUGAAGCCUAUGCAGAAGCCUAUAAGACGCACGAUGGCUGGAUCAAAGCCAUCUAUAUCAGGAAAGUGACCGAUGUGGCGAAUAUGGAGGGCAAAAACGAUCCCGAGAGGUUUGAAAAGGCAUUUGAAGGUGUCCCACGGUCUGUUUGGAAGGUGUUUGAGACUGCAGAUGAGCUUGGGCAGCUUGUGGACGACCUCCAGGGUCAACAGUCCUAG